AGAACACAGGAGUAGGAGGAGAGCCGCUGCGUCGCGUUUCUGAAAUCAAUAAACCUGGUCCUGGUGUCCCUCAAUUCAGCGAACAAUCUAACUUCUAAAACCCUAAUUCAGCUCGCUGUUCUAGAUCGUUCCAAAAACCUCUUUCCUUUUGCCCCCAUUCAUUUUUGUUUUUUUUUUCAGAAAAGGGAAAUUAUUUCUAGAGCCUUCUAAACUUCCCCUUAUUAUUUUCGCUUUCCUCUCCUUUCUAUCAAUCUGUUCUCAUUUCCCUUGAUCUCAAGUUUCAAUCUUUAUCCCGCUUGCUUGCUACUUUAAAUUUCUAAAUUCUUCUCGUCCAUGGCCAAGUACGGAGAAGGCGAUAAGCGAUGGAUCGUAGAGGAAAGACCAGAUGGUGCCAAUGUCCAUAAUUGGCAUUGGGCCGAGACUGAUUGUUUGGAAUGGUCGCGGAAUCUACUCUCCAAGCUUUUAUCUAAUCUCGUCAUCCUUGACGGCGAAAGUAAUCUUUUCCUCAAGAUCAAGAAGCUUGAGAAGGUCGAUGGUGAAGCCUACGUUAAUGUUCGCAAGGGUAAAAUCAUUCCUGGAUAUGAGCUUAAUGUUUCUCUUUCUUGGGAAGGUGAAGCUAAGGAUUCUGAUGGCAAAUCUUUGCUUAAGGUUGAUGGAUCCGUGGAGAUCCCGUAUAUUUCGGAUGAGAAUGCUGACGAGGACCCGGAAAUUAAGGUUAUUGUUAAGGAUGAUGGACCAGUUGGAAAGGUAUUGAAGGAAGCAAUGGUGGCUAAAGGAAAACCGGUUAUUGAAGAGAAAGUUAGGAUUUAUGUUCAGAGUAUGGCCGAGGGUGGACCUGCUAAGGAUGAAUUGGAAACGAAAAAGGUCGCACCCAAGAGGCAAUCGACGGGGGUAAAGGAGGACGCUGGUUCGACGGCGCUUGCAGGUGGAGAGAAGGAGGUAAAGAAAGAAUCCAAGAAAGGGUUUAAAACAAUAAGUUUGACGGAGAAGUUUAGUUGCAGAGCUAGGGAUAUGUAUGAGAUAUUGAUGGAUGAGAAUAGAUGGAAAGGUUUUACGCAGAGUAAUGCGAAAAUUAGUAAAGAGGUAGGAGGAGAGUUCAGUAUUUUUGAUGGGUCGGUGACGGGGACCAAUGUGGAUUUGCAAGAUGGGAAGCUCAUAGUGCAGAAAUGGAGGUUCGGGAGCUGGCCUGAUGGAAUUGUUUCAACGGUAAGGCUUACUUUGGAUGAGCCUGAACCUGGUUUUACUGUUGUCAAGCUUUUGCACACUGACAUUCCUGAGGAAGACAGAUACGGUAAUGCAACUGUGGUGGAAAACACUGAGAGAGGAUGGAGGGAUCUUAUUCUCCAUAAGAUACGGGCAGUUUUUGGUUUUGGCAUAUGAGUGAUUUAGAUAUUGUCUGCGAAGUGUAGAAUUUUUUUUACGAAAAAAGGGAAUUAAUCAGAUUAUCUUUCUCUCGGCAAUGAAAUUUGAAUUAAUGAAUGCUGGGACUAUAUUAACUGUUUGUGUGUGGACUAUCCGUGUGGCUGUAGUCUCUUAUGAAACUGAUCAUAUUGGCACUUAUGUUCCAAUAACCAAAAUGCUUUGAUGAAUUCUGAAGUUCAAUGCAAAUGACAGGAAUGCGCGUCCUAUCAAAUAUUAGGAAAGCCUUCUCUUUGUUUUCCCCUGAAA